GGUGGCCCCGAGCAAGGAGGGCGCGGCCUCCUCCCAGGCUCCCUGGAGGCAGCGACCUGGCCCAGCACUCCGACCCCAGGCGGCCCCCAGACUCUGGUGCCCCCCGCCCCCCCGCAGGCAAGGACCACCGCUUCCUAACCCCCACCCGGAGCACCCCUGCUGGGCCGGACAGGAUGGGGCUGGGCCUACAGCAGCACAGCGCAGCUCGGGACAGCCGUCCCCUCCGCACUGCGGCGUGGUGCUUAUUAACCCUGCGAGGGCUGAGGCGGCCCCGGGCCAGCUCGCCUGCCGCGGGCUGUGGGCCUGCGUGUCCUACCGAGCAGCCCUGCACAGCCGUGCGCUGGCUGUGCACUGGAAAGGGUGUGCACCGGGGGGAGGAGCAGGCCUCGGUCCCCAGGGUCCCCAGAGGAGGAAGGGGGUCAUGGCCAUGUCACUGGAGUCAGCUCUGUGCGGAGUGCAGCCCACGUCGGUACACAACCCUGGGCCCUGGGAAAGGUGCCAAGCACAAGGGGCGGCUCAGCCUGGCGGCAGCCUCAGGCCUCCUGCAUUCCCACCGUCACUCGAAAGGGAGACGCGACGUCCUCCCCGCCCCUUCUCACCGCCGUCCCCUCCCAGGGUCACGGGGGGUCGCCUGCCUGACCCCAGCCUCGCGCUCCCAGGGUCACAGGGGGGUCGCCUGCCUGACCCCAGCCUCGCGCUCCCAGGGUCACAGGGGGGUCGCCUGCCUGACCCCAGCCUCGCGCCCCCAGGGUCACAGGGGGGUCGCCUGCCUGACCCCAGCCUCGCGCCCCCACAAUAGGACUCGGUGCUGGCCUUCUCUCCAGGGCGGCAGCUGCCGCGUAACAUUCCAGGAGCGUCAGCCCCAGGCAAGGUCUCCAGCAGAGGUGGGCCCGAGCCUGGCCUCCUUCCUGAAUAAAGAGAUUGAUCUCUGGGCGGCCUUGUCGGUGAAUCCCCUGUUCUCGCAGGCGAUCCUGGUCUGAAGCCCUGGGCAG